AUGUGCAGAUUUCUUGUGUACAAGGGCUCUGAGCCGAUCAUACUUUCCAAGUUGAUCACUGAACCAUCGCACAGCAUUCUCACGCAAUCUUAUGACAGUCGCCUCCGCCUAGAUAGCCGUCGCCCGGUCAAUGGGGAUGGCUUUGGGGUUGGGUGGUAUACGGAGCCAGAGUUGGGUCCAGAUCCAUGUGUCUUUACAUCGACUUUACCGGCCUGGAACUGCGUGAAUCUCGAACGUCUUGCGCCGAAGACGGCCUCGAGGCUGAUAUUUGCCCACGUCAGGGCCACCACCGAGGGGUCGUUGGCCGAAAACAAUUGCCACCCUUUCCAGCACAACACGUUGAUGUGGAUGCACAACGGUAAUAUUGGGGCCUGGAAGUACGUGAAACGCCCACUAGCUGACAGUCUUUCGGACAAAUGGUUCCUUGGUGUGAAAGGCGGCACUGAUUCGGAAUGGGCGUUUGCGUUAUUCCUCGAUACCUUGGAGCGUGAGGGAGUCGAUCCAAGCUCCGAACCCAAGGGUGGUUUCGACACCAAGACUCUGCGACGGGCCAUGAAGAAAACCAUUGCCCAAAUCAAUACGUUUGUCAAGGCCGUCCCUCCCGAAUACAAAGUCUCAGAUGUGGAAACUAGAAGCCUACUCAAUUUUGCCGUUACAGACGGCCACUCUGUCAUUGUCACUCGAUAUGUCAGCAGCAAAACCGACGCCGCCGCAAGUCUGUACUACUCGUCUGGAACUGCUUGGGUCGAAGGAAAGAUCAAAGGGCAAUUCAAGAUGGAGAGGAGAGACAAAGCGUCCGAUGUGGUCCUCGUCGCCAGCGAGCCCCUCACCUUCGAAAGACACAACUGGCUAUCCGUCCCCACGAACACGAUUGUUACAAUCUGUAAACAGACGGUGUAUGUACGGCCCAUCAAAGAUGAAUACUAUGACCCAGAUCCCUCGACAGAGCGCUCGACAGGUUUUGCUAGGUCCAAAGGUCUAGUGUCAAAAGCACCUGGGGGCGGAACUGCAACACCCACUCCGAUGGCUGCUACCCCAGUUCCGGGCGCUGGGGUUGAAAAUGCCACUGGAGAAUAUAUCGCGAAAGAAGAUCUGGAUGUAUUCCGCGAAAAGAUGGCGAAAUUGCAGCUCCAGAAAUGUAGCGAAACCAAUGGGCAGAUGGAUCAACUAUCGGUUUAG